GUGUCUUUAUUGUGUGAUUAACUAUAUAUAAUCUUCUAAUUAGCAAGCUAAGAAAAAGAUGAAGAGUCUGUAUAUAUGAGCAAGUGUUGUUGGUGCUAGUGCCAUAAUUGUUUCUUGGAGCUUCUUUGUAUGUUGAUUGGUAAACUACUUUGGCAACUUUUUAAACCAUGCUUGAUUGCUGCCAACCAACCAACAACCUUUAAUAAUUUCAGGGAGUUGUAGAAAAUGGGGUGUCAUUCCAUAUGUGCAAAACUACUUGAUACUGUGCCAUUAGAUGUUUGCACUGUGGCCUCUUAAUUCACAUCACCUGUCAUUUCAAAGCAUGCAAAGCCUACUACUAGAUAAAGGGUUCAAGUUGUUCUCUAGCAGUAUCUGCUAAGGUAUACAGAACACUGGUGUCCAUUUCAUCAGCCAGUAUAUACUAAAUUCCUAUCAUUCACUUCUGUGCCCAUUUUCUCAAAACAUAUGGGACAAGCAAAUGCAGAAGAUUGUACAGAUCUAUGACCUUUAAAAUUGUGGAAAAUACAGAUGAUAUCAUAGAGAAAGACCAAGAUACAAAAUGAAGUUCAUGAGACUUGGGACAAGGCCAGACACCUUCUAUACAGAAGAGACCACAAGGACGAUGAUUUCGGACUUACCCAGUGACCUCACCAUACGAAUCAACAAUGUCACAUACCUUCUUCAUAAGUUUCCACUUGUUCAAAAGUGUGGUCUCCUGCAACAACUUUGUUCAGAGAGGGAAGACACCACAAGUGUUACGGUGGAGCUUCAUGAUAUCCCGGGUGGUGCGGAUGGUUUUGAGUUGUGUGCCAAGUUCUGUUAUGGGAUCAAAAUUGAUCUAAGCGCCCGUAACUUUGUACCAGCAAUAUGUGCAGCUAAGUUUAUGCAAAUGACAGAAUCUGUUGGGAAGGGAAACUUUGUCUCAAAGCUAGAGGUUUUCUAUAAUUCUUGCAUUCUAGAAGGAUGGAAAGAUUCGGUUGUUGCGUUGCAGACUACAGAAAGGUUUCCUGAAUGGUCUGAGAAUCUUGGGAUUAUCAGAAGCUGCAUUGAUUGUGUAGUUGAUAAAAUACUCACACCCCCAUCAAAGGUUAGAUGGUCUUUCACCUAUACCAGACAAGGAUAUGAGAAAAAGAAGCACCACAAGUCCGCCCCUAAAGAUUGGUGGACUGAAGACAUAGCAGACCUGAAUAUAGACCUAUUCAGAUGUGUGGUUAAUACUGUGAAGUCAACCAACAUGCUACCACCACAGCUUAUUGGUGAAGCUUUACAUGUUUAUGCAUGCCGUUGGCUUCGAGAUGUAAGGCCUCACCCAGAAACCUCAACAGCUUCUCAAAUGAACCAAGAAGAAGAAUCUGAAAAGAGAAAAAAACAACUUGAGAUGAUCGUAAGCCUUAUUCCAGGCGAGAGAGGAUCAGUUUCAGUUGGAUUCCUGCUGAGACUCCUUAACAUGGGAAAUCUUUUAGGCGCGUCUCAAGUAAUCCGUUCCCAAAUUAUUAAGAAAUGUAGCUUGCAAUUAGAAGAGGCCACACUAGAUGAUUUGAUGUUAGCUUCUUCACAUGACAAUUCUGCUGAUCAUAAAAUUUAUGAUAUUGAAUUGAUUGAGGUUGUCUUGGAGGGUUAUGUCAAGCAAUGGAGAAAAUCAUAUUCCAGAGAUGGAAGUUCACUUAACAUGAUUACAAAGGUUGGGAAACUGGUGGAUUCUUAUCUACAUGUCGUCUCCAUGGACCCAAAUAUGCCGGUACAGAAAGUAGUGUCUCUUGCCAAAGCUUUACCUGAUUUUGCGCGGCCUGAAUAUGACAACCUUUACAAGGCAAUAAACAUAUAUCUAAAUGAACAUCCCCAAAUGAGCAAGGAAGAGAAGAAGCACCUUUGUAGCAUUUUGGACUGCCAAAAACUAUCUGCUGAGGCGCGUGCCCAUGCUGUGAAAAAUGAAAAGCUUCCAUUGAGAACCGUCGUGCAGGCCCUUUUCUUUGAACAUGAGCAACAUGGUGGUAAGGAAGCAAAACGCCACGAAAGUGAUCAAUCUGUAAGACAACCUCAAGACGGAGAACUAACAGAAACCACAAGGAAUUGCUUCAAUAGAUUAGACUUGUGCUCAGGCGAACAGUCCACUAAAGCAAAGAUCUCUAGACGAACAAGUGGUCCAAGCAGCCAAAGCCAAAGGCCUGAGUUGGAAUCUGAUCACAAGUCCAAGGGGAAAAAGGUACGGGAAACAGGAUCAGACAAGAUAAGGGAAAUCAUGGAAGAAGAAACCACACAGGAACUUGCAAAAGUAAGGAUGCAGCGAAGUAAAUCAGAGCAUGGUCGUCGUAAAGGAAAGUAGAACAUGAAUGUUUAAGUUGUUAUCAAAAGUUCACGAAAUCUCUUCAUAGAACAAAAAGCAUUUUUAGAUAGUUAAAACCAAUAUUCUAUGGUUGUUCUAGUGCAGAGUUUCCAGUACCAAAGUUGUCCAAAAUUCAGUUCAUUAGUUACUUAAAUUGUAAAUCAACAAAUAUCAAAAUAUUUUUAUAUAGCCAUUUCAAUAUAAUCAUAUAUUUAUAUAGAACUGGAUUGUUUUCUAUGUACUAUUAUAUCAAUCAAUAUAACAUAAUGAAUCACCUUAGAAAGUUUACAAA